AGAAACAGUAAUAAACUCGGAAACGAUGCUUAAUUUAAGCAUCGUUUCCGAGUUUAUAUACUGUUUCUUAAGUAGGAGUACGUAUAGGUAUAGUGUACUAUAACGACAUGCACACGAAGAUGAAGAGAGUGUGCGAAUUGAUGGCUUAUAUGAUGUUAGUGUUGCGUGAUGUUGAUUGGCAUUAAUUUGUGUCCUCUUACUCAACCGAAGUUGCUGUUGGCGCUGCAUCAAAAACUGCGACAUUCUUUUGCGCACACGGCCAAUUGUAGUUCCUUGCUCAACAUGGCGGACUUCGUGGCGAUCAAUGUGAUAAAUUGCAAUUUUGAUUUUCGUGUCUCUCAAGCAGAGCGAUUCACUAAAUCUUCCAAGUAGCCGUGUUUUUCGAUCCGGCGCAGGAUUAUUUGUCUUCGUCGCGGCUUUCGGUUUCGCUGUGUUGAGAAGUGACCGUCGUGCUUGCUAUUCGACCGACCCUACUGAUGCGAUAUCGAACCACAUGAAAAGUGGAGUCAAAUCAUGUGCAUGUUAUCAUUUGCUUGCUCCUCGAAGAUUGACCUGAGAGGGUUGCGCGUCGAUCGAUUUGAGAAAUACUCUUGAGUGUUGCCAGCGCAUAGAUAUAUUUCUAAGUGGGUUUCUGUGGGUGCCGCAAGCGUAUUCAUUCUGUUACGAGCGAAAGCUGCGAGGAUGAGGAAGAAAAGUGAAAGUGAUCAAGGUAUUGAGUAUAUGACUGUGCGAAUUCUCGCGGCGUGCGCUAAAUGCAGUACAAGACGACUACUCAUAGUUGCACAGUGAGGUCAUUACUCAUCUUCGAGUAAAAAAAAAAACAAAAUAAAGACCACAAGGAUGCAUCCACGAACUCGUGAGGACCGGCACCUCUUCAAGCACAAGGAAAAUGUGGAGCGUGAGCGCCUGCGCAAUCGCACGGGUGGGUACUUCAAGUACGAGGACAUUCCUGACGUGAUUGCACAGGAAAAAUCUUGUCCAGCCCUAUCAUAUAGAACAACACACCCAAAGAAAUCCUAUACGGAAACUGCUCUGCAACUGUAAGCCCAAGCUGCAUUUUUUUCCUUCGACGGGAGCAACAGAAACUCAAGCUAUCGAAGAACGUUGGUUCGCUGUAGCAUCCCGCGUUUUCAUCUGACCACCACAUCCUUUUCAUAGUACGAUUCGCACGUAAAAUUGCUGCAAAAUGCAUUAUUUCGCAUAGAAUGAGUGUCGAUGUCCUUAAGUGCGUCUCUAGAUGAUUCUAGAGGGACACCAAUUUAGAACCAAAACAAGCUGCUUACACGACUAUUUUUUCUGAUUUGGGUGUGAUUCUGAUUUUCUCUUUGAAAGACCUACAUUGGUGAAAAGGAGCGGCAUGACCGGGCGGUCGCCGAGAAAUUUCUGGAGGAACGAAUGGUCCAGGUAGACCGGCGGAACGACGUGACGGAGCUGCGUUAUGAAGUCGUCAGGUGGGAAGUCGCCAAAGUGAAAAUAGCAUGGGUUCUUGCGGAAGAAUACGUUUGUCAUGAGAUAGGCCGCAAGUCGAGGAAAGGUCGCAAUGCAGAGAGGCAGAUUGUAGGCCAGACGGAGGAUCGUCGUUGAGAAAAUGUCUGCCGACUAGUACUAGGAGGACAGAAGUGCACUACACUGUUUUCCGAAACCGUGCGAUGUGGACAGAUUCACGCUCAUUGAAAAGUGUAUAGGAUUUUGCUCCUCUUCGCGAUCACGCACGGCCUCGAAUUUUUUAUUUUUACGCAAAUGGAAUGCAACAGCAGCAUGCAGUUGUAUUUUAUUUUUCAACAUUUUGACGAUCACGAUUUACGAUUUUCCACCUGCCGCUCCGAUAUGCAACGCGCACACAAUUUGGAGCGGGAGCAUGCCCGUUGGGAAUAUCCAGGAGAAAACUCCCAUCCCCAUCCAUUUUCUGCAUGGAAAACGCUAGAAGUUAUGCACGUUUUGCAUGAGAAAUUGGAUGGGAGAAGUGGGUGUUUUUUUUCCUGGAUACGGAAGCGAUUGACCACAAAGACAAAAAGGAAUCCGACCGCCAGCGUCGCCUGAUCGAGGAUCCCCUCAUCGGCAAGAAAAACGUUUCCGGUGUCCCCUUCGACAUCGUUAAUCUCGAGUACUUAUGUAAAUCACCAGAAUUCAUGUUUCAUGAGAAUGACAAUGAGCAGCUUGUCGAAAAAUAGCAGAGCCUUUUGACCACAGACAUAAAGCCAUUUUUAGGAGCGUGGUGUGAGGAGACGGAGCAUCCGUCAGCGUUGAACUGGACGCUUCGUAAAUGUCUCGAAUUGACAACAAGAAGUAGAUGAAGUUAAUUUUAUUUCUCCAAGAGCUUGCCCUUGUCCUUGUGCUUGGAAAUGAAAUCGAAACCCUUCUAGGUACGAAAACACUUGGGAAGGUCGGAAAUUGCGACACGAUGACGAGAUGACGAGAUACCGGGGAGACCUGCGAAAAGCCAAUCUCGCCUACCGUGGGCACUUGGGUUUUAACCCAAUCCUGGGAGAGCAGUCCUAUCCUUUGCCAAAUCCGACCAAACCAGACCCAUUCACCGAAGAAAAGCCUGCCGGCUACAUUGCGAAAAAUUCAGCAUUGGGCUAACCGGGCUCGUUUAUGUUGAGGAGCGUACUUCUAUAAUAUUAAUAUUUCAGUUUAUUAUGUGAUGAGCUUCUGGACAAAUAAUAUGCUAAUCUGUCUCUGCUUGUUCGUGUAAUAAGACUAUAGCGAAUGUGUGACUCGUCGAUAUAGAUAUUGCUAUCUGUAGAAGCACCCUCCUCGGUUGCACGCGAACUGUUGUGCAUCCCAUCUUCAGCCAGGAUUGGAAGUGCGCCCGCGCUUCAUUGCACACAGCAAUUAUGUUUUACUGUUAUCCUUCUACCUGAUCAUCUGUUUCGAGUCAGGAAUGAAAACAAAGAAAAAUGCAAACCCAUCGCCGUAGCGAUGGAACGACGUCGAGGCGAAGCAUCGCGAAGAUAUGUCUCCCCAUUCGCAUCACAAUUCUGUAUGCGCGGUUGUUCAACUUGCAGUCCGAGACGAAAGUAGAAGCUUUUCACGACCAGGACUAAUAUAUAAGUAAGAAAGACAAGGCUGGCAGACCAACGAGGGCAUAGUAUUUUUUUUGCAACUAAUUUGUCGGAGACUCCUGCCGGGAAUAUAAAGUAAACAGAAAUACUCCCAAGUAGUGCAGCCCAGCGUGAUGUAAUACUCGAAAAGAACGAAAAGACUGCAACUCAACUUCACUCGGCGGCAACAAUGUGCUGCUCACUUUCGUCCCAGCAAAGCCAAAGCUUUUCGGCGGCAAAACCUCAUGCAUUCAACGAGUAAAAACUGUAACGCACAAGAGCAAUGCGCGCCAAUUGCAAUUGUUGAGUGUGGACGUGCGAGGUAAGGAAGCACCAGCAGGCUGCGACUCGUGAAGCGG